CCCCUCUCUCCGCGCUCCCCCCGCUCAAAACGCCAGCGGUGGCGGCGGAGCCCGGUUCUGUCCGUGCGGGCGGCGGCGCCUCCCGGGGCUCGGCGACAUGGAGUGUGCUGCGGCGGGAGCCGAGUUCAACAUCCUCCUCGCCACCGACUCCUACAAGGUUACACACUACAAGCAAUAUCCACCGAACACAAGCAAAGUAUAUUCCUACUUUGAAUGUCGUGAAAAGAAGACUGAAAAUUCCAAAUUAAAGAAAGUGAAAUAUGAAGAAACAGUAUUUUAUGGCUUGCAGUACAUUCUGAAUAAAUAUUUAAAAGGUAAAGUGGUGACCAAAGAGAAAAUCAAGGAAGCCAAAGAAGUAUAUAGGGAGCAUUUUCAAGAUGAUGUCUUCAAUGAAAAGGGAUGGAACUAUAUUCUAGAGAAAUAUGAUGGCCAUCUUCCCAUAGAAAUAAAGGCUGUUCCUGAGGGCUCUGUAAUUCCCAGAGGAAAUGUUCUUUUCACAGUAGAAAACACAGAUCCAGAGUGCUACUGGCUCACAAAUUGGAUUGAGACUAUUCUUGUGCAGUCAUGGUACCCAAUCACAGUGGCUACAAACUCUAGAGAGCAGAAAAAGAUUUUGGCCAAAUAUUUGCUGGAGACUUCUGGCAGCUUGGAAGGACUGGAAUAUAAACUGCAUGACUUUGGCUACAGAGGAGUUUCUUCUCAAGAGACUGCAGGAAUAGGAGCUUCAGCUCACUUGGUGAACUUCAAAGGAACAGACACUGUAGCAGGAAUAGCAUUAAUUAAAAAGUACUAUGGUACAAAAGAUCCUGUUCCAGGAUAUUCUGUUCCAGCUGCUGAACACAGUACCAUAACAGCUUGGGGGAAAGAUCAUGAAAAAGAUGCUUUUGAACACAUAGUAACACAGUUUUCUUCAGUGCCUGUAUCUGUGGUUAGUGACAGCUACGACAUUUACAAUGCCUGUGAGAAAAUAUGGGGUGAUGACCUAAGGCAUAUAAUUGAAGCCCGAAGUCCAGAGGCACCACUUAUUAUUAGACCAGAUUCUGGGAAUCCCCUUGACACUGUUCUAAAGGUCUUGGAGAUCUUGGGGAAGAGGUUUCCCAUUACAGAGAAUUCAAAAGGCUAUAAGUUGUUGCCACCGUAUCUCAGAGUUAUUCAAGGGGAUGGUGUGGAUAUCAACACAUUGCAAGAGAUUGUGGAGGGAAUGAAGAAGAAUAAAUGGAGUAUUGAGAAUAUUGCCUUUGGAUCUGGUGGAGCUUUGUUGCAGAAACUAACCAGAGACCUCUUAAACUGUUCCUUCAAGUGUAGUUACGUGGUGACCAACGGCCUUGGGAUAAAUGUCUUCAAAGAUCCUGUAGCCGAUCCCAACAAAAGGUCAAAGAAAGGACGGCUGUCGUUGCAUAGGACACCUGCUGGAGAGUAUGUGACACUUGAGGAAGGCAAGGGAGAUCUCGAAGAGUAUGGACAGGAUCUGCUCCACACUGUAUUUAAGAAUGGAAAGGUAACGAAGUCAUAUUCAUUUGAUGAAGUAAGACAAAAUGCCAGGCUGAAGAACAGUGAAUUACAAACGACAUCUCACUAAGUUCCAUUCCAUGUCUGUGUAUGUGUGUGUAACUAGUUCGUACUGCAUAGCUACUGUUUUAUUGUACAGAUUGUGUGUUUGUGUUUUAUGACAUUGUAGCCAAAUUAUUUGUUGGUUUAUGGACAUACUGCCCUAUCUUUUGCCAGUCUUUAGAAGAUGAAAUCAGGAAAUGGUACUUAACUUGUAAAACAUAUUUAAUGCUGAAGUGUGCUUUUUAGGGCCCUUUGCCAGUAGUGAUUCAAUCUGGUAUUGAUCUUUUCACAAAUGAGACAGAGCUGCAAAACUUUUUUAUAUAUAACAGAAUAUCACAAAAUGGAUUUACAUAAAAUUAUCAUGAUUGCUUUAUGUUUAUAUUUAACUUGUAUUUUUGUACAAACAAGAUUGUGUAAAAUAUAUUUAAAGUUUCAAUAAUUAAGUCUUUCCAAGUUUUCAUAAUUUUUAUGAGCACAGACUUUCAAGAAAAUAUUCAGUGGGGGGGGGGAAUCCAUUGCCUUUUGUCCAUUAAUCAGCAAAUAAAACAUGGCCUUAAAAGUUUGUUGUGACAUUGUUCCAUUUGACAACUAAAUCAGGACUCGUAUCUCAAGAUCCCAUAGAGUUGCUGACCUCACCAUUUCUUGUAGUUGUCUGUAUUAGUAAAUCUGCAUUAAACAAAAUUACUGUUCUUUUUAGAAGGUUUAGGUAUUACUGACCUUGCUGGCACAGUAAGGUAUGUAAGUGAAAUGCCAAAUUUGAAAGGAUUCUCUACUGCAACUUAACUUGCCAAGUCUAUCCCACUUGGUAUAUGCACCUCAAUAUUUUAAGAGUAAAGUUUUUAAGAGAUCUCCUCUUCCACUAUAGAAUAUAUGUGUAAAAUACAGAAGCGGUGUAUUUUAAAGUAAUUACACUUCUGGGUUUAUUUUUCAUAUACUGUAAGUGACAUGAAUUUAAAGCAAAAUACUGGACUGGGUAGUGCACUUUUUUACUUUUUUGUAUUUUUUUCAUUGAUUUGCCUUUUCUCAGACUGGAUGUUAAAUUGUAAAAAUGUUUAACUAUUUUUGUUAACAACUUUAAUAAAACUAUGCUAGCCAAACUCCUACAUGAAUGGCAGACCUGUUUCCCCUUCUCACCACAUCCUUUUGGGGUGAGGAGGGGCUUUUAUUUUGCAGAGGGUAACUGUAAAACAAUGUGUUUGAGAGAUACUUUUGAACUGUCUGCACUUGAUUGUAUUUGCUCUCUGCAUAUGCUUGCUAUAAGUAUCUGCUGGAAAAUGAAACUGUUGAGGAUUUUAUUUGAGAAGCUAUGUAGUAACCUCUGAAAUAUUUGAUAGUACUGUAGGAUGGCUCUCACUAGAAAAGUACCUCCCUAACUUAAAGACAAAAAACAACAGCAAAAGCAAACAGUUCCUGUUCUGCUGGUGAUCAUCUAUCACCCAAUUGCUUAAUAUACUGAUGUUAUUAAUGCUUCUAAUUAGUAGAUGAUGUUACUGGAAAAUGUUAAAGCCUAAGAUAAUUUAAGCCUACAAAGUUUUAUAAAACAUGCUUUUAAAGGAAGAUUGAAAAGCCAUACUUCAUUGUUCUUACUCUCUCACCAAAAAGGGCCACAUCAAGGCAUCCAUAAUAUUUCCAGGGUUUGUGGUUAAGAUGUUUAUGCCCAGUCUAAAUAGUUCUUGUUAAUAAAAACCUGUUUUUUUCACUUGUAGUGUAUGUAAUUAUACAUUUAAGUGAUGUAUUGUUUCAAGAAUAGUGUUUUAGUAAAACUAAAUGCUGACCUUUGACACUGAGGAACUGCCUUCCCUUAGAUAUUAAUUAUAUUGUUUGGUUUUGGCCCGGAAAGAUUUUCAAUCUGGACUUAGGAUCAGUAGCAGGUAAAUAGUACAGAGCCUAUUUCACUCCUCCACAUGUGUACUUGGGAAUUUUAUGAUGUAUGGUUUAAAAAACAAUAAAGUAAAUGCUGCUUUCAUUCUGUACCAAUAAAAAUUUUGAUAACUA